AUGUCUUACCGCAACGAGUCCGACAGCUACGGCAGUGGCAACCAGAGCUCCGGCUACGGUGGCAACAACAACGACUCCAGCUACGGAAACAAGUCCAGCUCCGGCCGUGACGAAGAUAGCUACGGCAGCAAGAACACUAGCUCCGGCUAUGGUGACAACAACUCCAGCUACGGCAACAAGUCUAGCUCCAACCGUGAUGAGGAUAGCUACGGCAGCAAGAACACCAGCUCCAGCUACGGUAACAACAAUGACUCCGACAGCUACGGCAGCAGCAAGAAGGACUCUAGCAACACCUACGGUAGCAACGACAACGACUCUUCCAGCUACGGAAACAAGUCUAGCUCCAAGCGUGAUGAGGACAGCUAUGGCAGCAAGAACACCAGCUCCAGCUAUGGUAACAACAAUGACUCCGACAGCUACGGCAGCAACAAGAAGGACUCUAGCAACACCUACGGUAGCAACGACAACGACUCUUCCAGCUACGGAAACAAGUCUAUCUCCAAGCGUGAUGAGGACAGCUACGGUAGCAAGAACACCAGCUCCAGCUACGGUAACAACGACAAUGACAACGACUCCUCCAGCUAUGGCAACAAGUCUAGCUCCAAGAAGGAUACCUACGGCAGCAAUGACUCUAGCAACACCUACGGUAGCAACGACAACGACUCCUCAAGCUACGGAAACAAGUCUAGCUCCAAGCGUGAUGAGGACAGCUACGGUAGCAAGAACACCAGCUCCAGCUACGGUAACAACGACAAUGACAACGACUCCUCCAGCUACGGAAACAAGUCUAGCUCCAAGCGUGAUGAGGACAGCUACGGUAGCAAGAACACCAGCUCCAGCUACGGUAACAACGACAAUGACAACAACUCCUCCAGCUACGGCAACAACUCUAGCUCCUCCAAGAAGGAUACCUACGGCAGCAAUGACUCCAGCAACACCUACGGUAGCAACAACGACUCCAGCUACGGGAACAAGUCCAGCUCCAACCGUAAUGAGGACAGCUACGGCAGCAGCAACAAGAACUCCUCCAGCUACGGCGAUAACAACAAUGACUCUUCCAGCUACGGUGGUAACAAUAACUCCAGCGAUAGCUUUGGCAGCAAGCUCCUAAACAAGGCUGAGGGUACGUGA